AUGCAAACAUUCGAAUACAGCGAUGAAGAAGUAGAUUAAGAUACUAUAAAAGAAAGAUUAGAUAAACUUCAUGAUUUACCAUUGAAAUUUAAACAUAAAACAGUUUGUCUUAGAAGUCUUAGUGGAAUCAAUUCUCGUAAAUCGUAGACUUGUAUUAAAUUGAGAAAUAGAAGAUAGGAAUCAAGUUCGGAGUCUUCUUGUGAUGAUUCUUCUGAAAUAUAACUAUCAGAAUUUGAUAUAUCAGAUGAGAACAAAAAAGCAAACAUUCUUUGUCAAUAUAAGAAUAGUUUUUUUAAUGAAAAAAUAAAAUAAUUUAAUGAAAUAAAAUCAAAGAAAUUUUGGUAAGGUAAUUAAAUAAGCAAGAUAAAAAUAAAUAAAGAUGAUUCAUCUAUUAAAUUAAACAAGUCACCCUCAAUAUAAAAAUAAUAAUAAUCACCUAUAUCUGAGAGUAAUCAUAAUACUCUAAGUUUUUAAAAAAAGAAGGAUAUUACAGAACACUCAGUUGAUUAAUCAUUUAAAUAAGUUAAUUCUCCAUUAUUGUUCUAUUUAAAUAAUGUUCAUUAAAAUAGUAUUAAUAACAAUAAUAGUUCUAAUUUUAUAAACAAUAGAUCAUGUUAAUAAUCAUUAAAUAAUAGUUAAUAUACUAUUGAUGUUCCAUGUAAUGAAUCAUUUGCUCAAUAAUCUACAAUAAAAUUAAAUGAAAAAGAAAUUUUAAAUCAAAUUGUUGAAGCUGUUUUUACUAGAAAUAUUUAAAUAUUAACAAAAAUAGUAUUGUUAUUAUAAAAAGAAUAUAGAACAGAUAUUUUAAAUAUGAAAGAUAUAAAUGGAAAUACACCUCUUUUAUUAGCUAUAAAACUUUAGUAAUAAUAGAAUCAAUUCUCAAUUAUUCGAUUAUUAUUAUCAAAUGGUUCUGAUCCCACUAUUAAAGAUAUUGAUGGAUGGAGUCCAAUUGAAGAAACUGUGGCUUAAAAAGAUUUAUUAACUACAUCAUUAUUAUUUGAUUAUUUAGUUUCUAAGAAAUUAUUUGAUAUGUAAUAAGAAAGAAAUUAAAUUGAUUAAGAACUCUUUAAAAUUAAUGAUUUCUAUCUCGAAAUGAAAUGGGAAUUUAAAUCUAGUAUUAUUCCUUUCAUCUCUAAAUUUACUCCAAAUGAUACUUUCAAAAUUUAUAAAAGAGGUAUUUUAAUAUUUAUUAUAAGGUUCUUCUUUGAGAUUGGAUUCUACUUUUGCAGGAACUAAAAAUUAUAAAACUAAAAGAAGAGAUCUUACAGUAUUCUAUAAUCCUUUAAUGGGAUCAGUUUAAAGAAAAGAAAAUAGUUCAAAUUGUAAAUUUGUUACUAUUUUAAAUAGAGCCAAAAAAAUCUAUUAUUAUCCUAUUGUAAUAUUAUAAAAUUAAAUUAGCAAGAAAUAGAUCCUGAAGAAAAAAAUCAAAUUCUUAUGGAUUUAUUAAAUUGUGAAAGUGUUAAUGGUGAAAUGAAAGUUAAUGAAUGUGAACUUAUUAAAAGCAAGAAUUUCUUUGGAAAUUAUAUUAGCUAAAAAAUUAAUAGUUGGAUUUGUUAGAAAUAUGAAUUUAGAAUACAAACAUCAUAACAUUUUAAUAAAAAACAUUAAUAAAAUUAUUGUAAUUUGAAUUUAGAUUAAUAUUUAAAUUAAUCCUUAGAUUAAAAUCCAACAAGUGCAAGAUUUAAUUUUGAAUAAAUAACAAAUUAAAUUGUAGGUGAUUAAUUAUUUAUUAAUUCUCCAUCUUUUAAAUAAGAAAAUGAAUAAGUCUAAAAAUAAAAAUAAAAUAAUAACAAAAAAUAAAUUGAUAAAAAUGAUAAAAGUAUAAUAAAUAUUAAUAUUCUAGAAUAAUCAGACUCUUGCUUACUUUAUAUCAGUUAAGCAUUUCCAUUAAAUUUUUAACAAUUUCUUCCUAUAAUAAAAAUGCUUGCGAAUGGAAAUGAAUUCAUUUCAACUUUGUAAACAGUUCUAUCAAAUCAAAGUGUUAAAGAAUUACUUAACGAUAAAGGUUUUCCAGUUAGAAUAGAAAUACCAAUAAAUUUUACUAUAGAUGCUGUUGUCACAUUUUAAGCAUUUAAAAAAAUAGACCCAGAUGAUCUAGAAAUCAAGAAAUUAUUUUAAAUUCCAGAAGAUUAUUAAUUUGUUUCGAGGAAAGAUGCUACUAAAGUUAUGAAGAGAGGAAAAAAAAGAUUAUUUCUUGCAAAUUUAUUUUUAUGA